GGGGGGCGUCUGCCCACGUGCUGGGCGGGGGGACCGGGAAACAAUAAGGUCUUUGGUGGAUGCCCAAGAUCCACCCCCGGCUUCCCAGUGUGUCCCCUCUGCAGGCUGGAUCCGGGUGGCUGCUUGGGGGCGGGGCGGGGGGCCCUGAAUGGGCCCCUUGUCUCGGGGCUGGGUGUGGGCCAGGCUCCCCGGGCACACGGUGCCCUUGCCAGGCCUGGCCAGCCGCCGUGGCUCCCACCCCCGGCCAGCUAAGGACGGGCCCUGUGGGUGAGCUCUGCCCCUCCCUGGCAGCCUGGGCUCCGGUCCCAGGCGGAAGAGUCAGCAGCAAUGGAGAAGGACCCCAUCUAGUGGGGAAGAGGCGAGAGCUGCAGCUGUAGCCCCAGGAGGCCCCUAGCCCCGGGAUCCCCUGGCCCCAGCAGCCUCCAAGGAGGCUGACCUGUCUUGGAGUGCCUGACUCUCUGCCUCCUUAGGUUUCCCUAGGUUCAUAACCUUGGGCAACUUCUUUGGUUUUUCUUUUUUUUUUUUUUUUUUCAUUUCUCCUUUCUUUUUUUGAAACAGGGUAUUGCUCUGAUGCCCAGAGUGCAGUGGCACAAUCACAGCUCCCUGCAGCCUCCAUGUCCCUGGCUCAAGUGAUCCUCCUGCCUUGGCCUCCCUGAACUAUAGGUGUGCGCCACCACGUUCAGCUAAUUUUCUUUACUUUUGUAGAGAUGGGGCCUUGCUAUGUUGCACAGGCUGGAGUGCAGUGGUGUGAUCAUAGAUCACUGCAGUCUUCAACUCCUGGGCUCAAGUGAUCCUCCCACUUCAGCCUCCUAAGUAGCUGGGACUACAGGCAUGUGGCACUAUGCCCAGCUAGAGAUGGAGUUUCGCUCUUGUCACCCAGGCUGGAAUGCAGUGGUGAGAUCUCAGCUCACUGCAACCUCCACCUCUCAGGUUCAAGCGAUUUCCAUGCCUCAGCCUCCUGAGUAGCUGGAACUACACGUGUGCACCACCACACCCAGCUAAUUUUUUUUUUUUUUUUUGUAUUUUUAGUAGAGAAGGGGUUUCACCACUUUGGUCAGGCUGGUCUCAAACUCCUGAACUCAAGUAAUCUGCCUACCUCAGCCUCCCAAAGUGCGGGGAUUACAGGCAUGAGCCACUGCGCCUGGCCUAAAUUUUUUGGUAGAGACCAUCUCGCUAUAUGGCCCAGGCUGAUCUCAAACUGCUGGCUUCAAGUAAUCCUCCCACCUUGGCAUCCCAAAGUUCUGGGAUUACAGGUGUGAGCUACCACACCUGGCUCUCUUAAGUUUUUUCCUUCCUUGCUUCCUUCCUUCCUUCCUUUUUUGUCUUUCUUUUUUGUUUUUUUCUUUCCUUCUUUUCUUUCUUUUGUUCUUUUCCUUCUUCUUUCUCUCUCUCUCUUUCUUUCUCUCCUCUCUGUCUCUCUCUCCUCCUUCCUCCCUCCUCUCCCUUCCUUCCUCCUUCCUUUUUUUUUUUUUUUUUUUUUUUUGAGACAGGGUCUCAUUCUGUUGCCCAGGCUGGAGUGCAGUGGCACAAUCAUGGCUCACUGCAGCCUCCACCUCCUGGGCGCAAGCAAUCCUCCUGCCUCAGCCUCCUGAGUAGCUGGGACUGCAGGCACACACCACCACUCCCAACUGAUUUAAACUUUUUUUUUGAAAAAUUUAAACAUAGUGAGUUGGGGGGGGGUCUCACUAUGUUGCCCAGGCUGGUCUUCAACUCCUGGCCUCAAGUGAUCCUCCUGCCUCAGCCACCCAAAACACUGGGAUUACAGGCAUGAGCCACCAUGCCCGGCCCCCUUCAGCUUUCCUGAAUUUCAGAUUCCUCUUUGGUGAAGUGGCACUAACAAUAAUACCUAUCUUGAAGGGCUGCUGUGAAGGGACUGCAGGAUGUGAUGCAGGAACAGUGCGUAUUAGUUUGUUACGUGUUAGUUUAUUUUCCCUGGAUCUGAGCGAAGAAGAGCCAGGGUGGAAGAGAUGGACUCUGUGGGUCUGGGCAGGGCCUCGGGGGUUGGGGUCGGGGCCAGGCAGCCUCACAAUGGUCUAGAACUCUCCCUCACUGUAGGUUCUCACCUACUUCGACUCCUCUCCCUGUCCCAGGGAGGGGAGAAAAGGUCUGGGAUUCAUUGCCAGGAGGGGCUUCCCCCAGGAUUUCCUACUUCUUUCUUUACUGCUGUGCUUGAAGCUCACAGGAGACCCCUCAAGAGAGAGAUGGUUGUGGUCAUGAAGUUCUUCCGAUGGGUUAGAUGGGCUUGGCAAAGGAUUAUUUCCUGGGUUUUCUUCUGGAGGCAGAAAAUUAAACCAACCAUCUCAGGACACCCUGACUCCAAGAAACACUCAUUGAAGAAGAUGGAGAAGACUCUCCAGGUGGUUGAGACUUUGAGGUUGGUCGAGCUCCCAAAAGAGGCUAAGCCCAAGUUGGGUGAGUCCCUCGAGCUGGCAGAUCCCUGCGUGUUGGCCAAGACUACAGAGGAGACCGAGGUGGAGCUAGGCCAACAGGGCCAAUCCCUACUGCAGCUGCCGAGGACAGCCGUCAAGUCUGUCUCCACGCUCAUGGUCUCUGCCCUGCAGAGCGGCUGGCAGAUGUGCAGCUGGAAGUCAUCAGUGAGUUCUGCCUCAGUCAGCUCCCAAGUGAGGACGCAGUCACCUUUGAAGACUCCAGAGGCUGAGAUGCUGUGGGAGGUGUACCUGGUGCUGUGGGCCGUUCGGAAACACCUGCGCCGGCUCUACCGCAGGCAGGAGAGGCACAGACGGCACCACGUCCGAUGCCAUGCUGCCCCGCCCCCCGACCCAACCCGGCUCAGUCCCUGAAACUGGAUGCCCAAAGUCCCCUCUAGGGGGAACCCCAGACCCUUAGAGAGUCCUGACCUCACUCUUACCUGGGGUCCCAUAUCAGCCCCUUCAUUCCAUGUAUUCCAGUAGUAAAACAAGUAUCAAAAUAUUGGGAAAUAAAUAUCAGAUAGUUCUGAGUCA